AUGGCCGAGGCCGAGGAAAAUGCUAUUCUUCUGGCAAACCGGGCGGGCAGAGCACCUCGCGCCGAAGGGGCGAUCGAGGACAACAACGCUUCAGCGCCCCUUGGGCACGCGGCGGAAGAAGAGAACCAGGGAGAGGUCUCGGAGGGCGAGGCCAAUGCGACCUGCGACGCGUCUUUGACAUGUAACACUGUAAGGGACAAUGCGGCACCCCUAUCGCGGGUCCCUUCGCCGCAGCCAUCACCCCGAUCGCAGCCAUCAUUGUCACACCAACUGCCCACACAAGAGCUGGUGGCAGCCAUCGCCGAUGAACCGGCCCUGUCCGCCGUCGACACGGACUCUACCGAUUCCCACUUCAGCCCCAAGACAGCGGCAAGAGUCCGAGAGCUCCGCGACGUGAUCGCCUCGUAUGAGGCCGACGACAAGACCAAAAAGUGGUACCCCGAAGAGGAGGAGCUCCUGCGGAUUCUCCGGGAAAGCGAGUUGUCCUACCACCGCGUCGCCAAGCAACAGCAGCUGAUCCACAGCUUCAAAUAA